UGUGGCCCAGGGUAACUGAAAUGGUCACUUUAGAUUUUUUUUUCCCUCUGAUUUUUAUCUGUUGUUCUAAGAAUAUCAUUAAAGCAAAAACAGUUGUCCCUUGGUUAUCAUGGAGGAUUGGUUCCAGAUCCCCUCAGAUACCCAAAUCCUGGAAUGCUCAGAUCCCUUAUAUAAAAUAGUAUUUGCAUAUAUAUACACACUCAGAUACUUUAAAUCAUGUCUAGAUGACUUACAAUAUGUAACAUAAAUGUUAGGUAAAUGGAUGUUAUACUGUAUCAUUUAGGGAAGAGUGACAAGAAAAAAGAUGUGUCUUUAGUACAGGUGCAACCACAGUAGGCCUGGCUACAUAGUAGAUGUCAGCAUAGUAGAUAUCCAUCUGAGGUCAGUUCCAUUUACAGACUUGGAAGCCAUGGAUAUAGAGGCCAAUUGUGAUGAAGAAUAAAAUCUCAGUAUUUCCAUCAUUUUCCCAUGAAUGUUUUCCAUUUGCCAUGUUUCUAUUAAUGGAUAUAUCGUUAUUUUUAUGUGGCAUAUUACUUUCAUUGGUAACAUUUUGAAUUUUCUUUUUCAUUUGUGAAUCUAUUUCUGCAUGGUUUUCUUUUUUCUUUCUUUUGGUCCUGGGGAUUUAACCUAAGGUUGCUUAACCACUGAGCUACAUCCCCAGCCCUUUUUAUUUUUUAUUUUGAGACAGGGUCUUGCUAAGUUGCCAAGGCUGGCUUUGAACUUGUGAUCUUCCUGCCUCAGCCUCCUGAGUUACUGGGGUUAUAGGUGUGCACCACCAUGCUCAGCUUGCUGCAUGGUUUUCAUAAAUGGUUUUACUGUGAAAUAUACAUAGCAUUAUUUUAAGUGGCAUUAAGUACAUUCAUAUUGUUAUGCAACUAUCAUUAUCACCCACCUCUAGAUCUUUUUUGUCAUUCCAAAAUGACACUGAGACUGUACCCAUUAAGCACUAAAUCCCCAUCCUCCUGUUGUUUUUGAUAUUGCGUAGUGUUCUAAUUUGCUAGUCAUAACUAAUUACAUAGUUGUUGGAUAAUUUUGGAGAGCUUUUGCUGUUUUCCUUUGCAAUAACACCACAAUGAAGAUAUUUAUCUAUUCAUUCACAUGGUAAUAGAAAUGUGUGCUGGGGCUGGGGCUGUAACUCAGUGGCAGAGCACUUACCUAGCAUGGGUUCAUCCUCAGUACCACAUAAAAAUGAACAAAUAAAAUAAAUGUAUACUGUCCCUCUACAACUAUAAAAAAUUUUUUUAAAUGUUACCAGACAUUAAAAAAAAAAUGUAUGCUUAUUAUAGGAGAACAAAUUUCCGUAGCUGAGGCCAGAAAGUUUGAGUGUUAGUACCUUGAUUUUUUCCCCCUUAACAUUUGUGUUUAUUUUCCUUUGUCAUAAAAGCUAUUCAGGAGCACCUUUUCAUGACUGAAUACUCUUCACUAAAUGAUUGCCCCCUCUGGCCUGUGUCUGCCUCCUGGUAUCCACAGGGCUUCACUUAUUUUGGUCAGGGUCUUCUCUCCUCUGCAGACUUUUUUUUUUUUUUUCCUUUUGGUACUAGGGAUUGAACCUAGGGUGGCUUACCCACUGAGCCACAUCCGAAGAUCUUUUUUUGUAUUUUAUUUUGAGACAGGGUCUUGCCGAGUUGUUUAGGCAAGCUUGGAACUCACAAUCCUCCUGCUUCAGCCUUCUGAGGCGCUGGGAUUGCAGGUGUGCUCCACCACACCUGUCUCUGCAGGCCUUUUGCAGCAUUGUUUAUCUAGCAGUUCACACCCCUGCUCCAUCCCUGCUUCAGCUCACACCUAGGGGCUAUCCUAGACUAGACCUCUUUGCUGGGAGGAAUGAGACUGCCCUUCUUUCCUUCUUUCUUUCUUUCUUCCUUUCAUUUUUUUGGUACCAGGGAUUAAACCCAAGGAUGCUUAAUCACUCAGCCACAUCCCCUGGCCCCCCAUGUUUUUUUUGUCAUCUAGAAACGGUCUCGCUGAGUUGCCUAGGGCCUUGCUAAGUUGCUAAAGCUGACUUUGAACUUUGAUCCUCCUGCCUCAGCCUCUCCAGCUGCUGGGAUUGUAGGCAUGAGCCACUUUGCCCUGUGACUGCCCUUUCUGUUCCAGGUGCUCUUAGUCUAUUACUAGGUGUGUGCAAAGAGCAUGGCUGCCUUCUGCUGUGAAAGCUGGCUUCCUUCCCUGUCCUUCCACUGAGGGGGGAAGAAACACUCUCCAUUUCCUCGGCCUGCACUGCCAGCUACUUGAUUUGUAAACUUGCCAUGUUUUCCCAAGACCCAAAUGAUUUUGACAAAAAGCAAUCAUUGCUGGAUUUUCUUUAAAUUGUUUUCUGUUUGUUUUUGAGAUGGAGUCUCACUAUGUUGCCCAGACUGACCCCAAACUCCUGGGCUCAAAUAAUCCUCCUGCUGCAGCCUCCUGGAUAGUUAGGACUACAGGUCAACAACCCAACUUUAAAAAAAUAAUUAUUAUUACUUAUGGGGCUAGAGAGUAAACCCAGGGCCUUUCACAUGCUAGGCAAAUGUUCUAUCACUGAGCUACACUUAGCCCUAAAAAAAAAAAAAAAAAAAAAAAAAUGUUUUUAGCAAUGUGAGUUUCUAGUUAGAUUUUUGCUCUUGGAUUAGUUUAGGCCACCCCUAAAAACAUACUGAGAGCAGUGCAGUGACUUGCCCCCUCUGUUUUGGUUUGCAUCAAGGUGGCUCAUGUUUCAUGCAUCAAUAGAGAUUUUCAAUUCCUAGAACAUUGAAUCCCUGAGGCCUGAGAGCGGUGUUACCAUUAAGUUCUUUCCAGGUAAGGGAUAGACCCAGAGACUCAGCCCCAGGCUUCAGGUGGGUGAGAUCAGGCUUUGUCACAUUUUCAGAUCACAAUUCCUAGUGUACACGUGUGAGUAUGUGUGUAAAGAUAGUGAAAGCCAGCAUUCUAGAAAACAGCACCCUUAGUAUGUGAAUACGGGCUGAUUAUUUUUUAGUUUUUUAAAGUAAAAAUGCUGGCCGGUGUGACACAUUGAAUUGAUUCCAUAGGACAAAACAGGAUCAUAGACUGCAGUAUGACAUUUCUGGGCUGCCUUCCUGCCUGCCAGCCCUGUCUGUGGGUAUGUUUUCAGAAGGAUUCAUGCAUGGACAAGGGACUUACAUUUGGGCUGACGGAUUGAAGUAUGAGGGGGAUUUUGUGAAGAACAUUCCUAUGAACCAUGGCGUGUACACUUGGCCAGAUGGCAGCAUGUAUGAAGGGGAAGUGGUGAAUGGCAUGAGGAACGGAUUUGGGAUGUUCAAGUGCAGCACACAGCCUGUGUCCUACGUCGGCCACUGGUGCCAAGGCAAGAGACACGGGAAGGGCUCCAUUUAUUACAAUCAGGAGGGUACCUCUUGGUACGAGGGAGAUUGGGUCUACAACAUCAAAAAGGGCUGGGGAAUAAGAUGUUACAAAUCUGGAAACAUAUAUGAAGGCCAGUGGGAAGACAAUAUGCGCCACGGGGAAGGCAAGAUGAGAUGGCUGACAACAAAUGAGGAGUAUACCGGCUCCUGGGAGAGGGGAGUCCAGAAUGGCUUUGGAACACACACAUGGUUUCUCAAGAGAAUCCCCAACUCCCAGUAUCCUUUAAGAAAUGAAUACAUAGGAGAGUUUGUGAACGGAUGUCGUCAUGGACAUGGAAAGUUUUACUAUGCCAGUGGAGCCAUGUAUGCGGGAGAAUGGGUUUCCAAUAAAAAACACGGCAUGGGUCGAUUGACUUUCAAGAAUGGGCGUGUGUAUGAAGGCCCGUUUUUCAAUGACCACAUAGCACAGUUUCCAGAUCUUGAAGUUGAAUUUAUAAGUUACCUGGACCUGCCCGUAGAUGAUGCCCAAAUAGACAGGCAACGCAAAUCUUCUGAUAGUGCUGAAAUUAUCAGAAAGCUUGAUGGCAGUAAAAGUCGUUCUGUGUUAGGAUCAGGCAUUGAACUGGACCUAAAUUUGCUGCUGAACAUGUAUCCUAAGGAAAACCAAGCAGAAGAAAAAAAGCAGGUAGAAUUCGCUGUCUUAAGAAACAUUACAGAAUUAAGAAGAAUCUAUAGCUUCUACAGUAGCCUAGGAUGUGAUCACUCUCUGGAUAAUACAUUUCUGAUGACAAAGCUUCACUUCUGGAGAUUUCUAAAAGAUUGCAAAUUUCAUCACCACAAUAUAACUCUUGCUGAUAUGGACAGGAUAUUAAGUGCCAACAGUGAUAUACCAGUUGAAGAAAUUCAUUCUCCAUUUAGAACAAUACUUUUGAGAACAUUCUUGAACUAUCUGCUGCGCUUGGCUUACCACAUUUAUCACAAAGACUUUCAAAGCAGAAGUCCGUCGCUCUUUUUGUGUUUCACAAAACUGAUGACUGAGAAUAUCCAUCCAAAUGCCUACCAAGUAAAAGGCACUUUGUUCAGUGAGCAACAGAGGACACUCUACUCAAUGAAUUACAUUGAUAAGUGCUGGGAGAUUUACAUAGCUUAUUGCAGACCAAAUGCAGCUCCACCCAAUGAGCUUACAAUGAAGAUAAGACACUUCCUCUGGAUGUUGAGAGACUUUAGGAUGAUAAAUAAAGAAUUAACUGCAACCAAAUUUGUGGCAGUAAUAGCAGAGGACAAUCCUUUCAUACAUGAUGGGGUCGACAGCAACUUAGAACUUGAGCUGGUUUUCCUGGAAUUCUUUGAAGCUCUCUUAUGCUUUGCAGUCAGCUAUGUUCCUGACCAAAUGAAUAAAUCCUGUUUACAUGCUCAAUAUGAUGAUCUGUUUGGAAACAAAAUUGGAAGUAUUCAAAUGGUAAUGAGUCAGAGCAUCCACAACAGGAGUCCAAGUGUAGUCACGAGCCACGAGUCUGAUGUCGUUACCUUUAGCAACACCAAGUCAUCUUCAAGCAAGUUAGGAUUCUUCCCUGAUAUGAGAAUAAGGAAAUCAGAGCCCAAGAUCAAGAAGUCUCUAAGUGAUGUCAAAUGUUCCAAAAUGAAUUUUAAACCUUCAGGAAAAGGGCUGGCCUUCUUAUCCCAGAAUGGGCCUGGAAUACAUAUAGAAGCAGUGAUAGAUGUCAAAGAAGAUAAUGGAUUGCCACACAUUGAUGAAGAAGAUGAUGCUCUUAGUAAAGGACCAGAGAAAAAUGAAAAACCCAAGAAUGACCAGAAGGAGAAGCUCAACACGUGGGUCAAUAACAUGUACAUCUUCUUUGUGAAUACGCUCUUCCAGGCGUACAAGCACGAGGAGCUGCUCAAGGAAAAAGUAAAGGAAAACCGGUUGCGGGAUGCAGCCAUGGCUCAACAGAAGAAGAUGGAAAGUGAAGAGCUAGAAGCAAGGCUGAAUAUCUUAAGGAAGGAAGAGGCCAAGAAACAAGAUACUGAGAUGGACAUCCCUGUGAUCAAGGAGCCAGGGGACGCCCUGUCCUCAGUCCUCACACAAAGCCCUCCCAAAGAGGAUACAGCUGUGUCCCAGGCCAGCAAGUCCACCCUGAGUAAGAAGAAGAGAAAGUAAAGGCACGAAAUGUUGAGGGUAGACUGCAAGGACACAGAGCAGCUCAGGACAGCAGGAACUAUGAUAAAUGUCCUGCACAAUAAAGUUGUUUGCAGUUUACUUCUGCUCUUGGUGUUCUGGAACACUCCUAUCUUGACCCACUGCACCCAGCUUUUUGCAGCUGGAUCACUGAAAGGCCUGCAUUUUGGAAAUUGAGUUGAAUGAAUAUCCAACACACACACGCAUAUUAAUGAACAUGUUUUAAAUACACGUCUAAAAAAUCAAAAGUAAUGCCAUGAUGAUGAAGUUAGAAUCUGAUAAAAUGAAUCAAAAGACAGUGAGGAGUGGCUGGGGAUGUGGCUCAAGCGGUAGCGCGCUCGCCUGGCAUGUGUGCGGUCUGGGUUCGAUCCUCAGC